AUGGAGAAGGAAAAAUCCAAUCGCAAAGACGGAAAAUCAACAAAGGAAAGAGAGCACAAGCACCAAAGUUCCAAGGACAAGUCUAGAGAUGCUGCCAGCUACGAAGAUGAUAAUCGCCAUCACCACCGCCACCGCUCAAAGCACUGUGGCGGAGACGAAGAAGACAACCGCCGCAGGUCGGACAAUUGCCACCGUCGGCAUUCCGAGGAGGAUUCCUUCGAUCGGGAGAGAUGGAUUGAGCGGCACAAGAGUGAGAGAGAGGGAAGCUUAGACAAGCGCGAGAAAUCUCACGAUCGGGACAAGCGCGAGAGAUUGCACGAGCGCGAAAUAAUUAAGAGAGAAGAGUAUGUGGAGAAGCGGCAGUUUAGUAAGAGGAAAGAGAGAGGAGACAGUGAGGAUAGAAAUGCUGGAGCUGAGAAGAGAGUUAUGGUUUCCAAGGGAAAGAAUGAGAAUGGAAAGGAGAAGGAAGAUAGAAGGGAGAGGAGGAGAUUUGAUGACAGUGAGGUGAAGGAUAAAGAAGAGAGGAGAGAAAGUAAGAGAUUUGAGGAUAAAGUGAAACAGGAGGAUAUGGGGUUGAUGAAGAAAGGAUGA